UUUUCAAAAAGUGAAAAUAACAAGAUAAUAUUUCCUCCUCCCUCACAUCAGGAUGUAAUUUAAUUCCUUGUUUUGUCAUGGGAACGGGCCUUUCAUAUACAUAACAGAAGAUUAUCAUGUUUACUUAAAACGAAAUAUUUAUUUAUUUAAUGCGUCCACUUAACAUUUAAUCAUGGAGGAGACGGUGGGCGGAGAUAAAAUGAAAGUACAAUGUACCUCAGCUGAUAACAAUGUAAACAGUGAUUCCGAGGUCAGUCUCAUGAACUCAGGUGACAGAUCAAGUCAAAUGGAUAACGAUAUUAAUCCCAGCCUGAAAGACAAAGCAGAAUCAGGAAACAAUGGCAAUGAUGAAGUGAACAAAAGAAUUAACUCUUCACUUCCUGAUUCCAAAAACGGCAAACUCUGCGGAUGGCUUCAUAUAACGACCAACAAAGGUCCGCUGAAAUCUACUCGACUACGGUGGUUUGCUUAUAGUGACACCAACAGCAGACUUUAUUAUUAUAGGAAUCCUCAUGAUUUUCUUCCACUUGGAGAGAUUGACAUUUCUCAUGCCACAUUUUACUUUGAUGCUAGUAAGACGGAUAAACCUGGAGGAUUUGAAAUCAGGUCAGAAAACAAGGAUUACUUUUUGGAGGCGCCAGAUCGACAUGUGAUGAUGUUUUGGCUACAGGAACUACAAAACAGAAGACGGAGUCACACAACUCAGAGGAACUCUCUUCCCAGAUCUAAGACUCAUAGACCGGAUUCUUUGGGAGGAUUAUCAAGAGCUAAAUCAACAUCAGAAAAGCAGGAGCAGUGUGAAACUCAGAGAGUCGAAAUUCCAGUAAUUCCUUCUUCAGAAAAACUUGGGCUCAGGCGAGCUUCUCUGGAUGAGUGGACCUCAUCAGCAGGAAAGCCUUCUAUGUGGAGGGCAUCAAAUCUCAAGUCAGACAUCCAGGAUGUCAUGAUCAACAUCAGAAAACAGUCAGCUCAAGGCAGGAAGUCUGAUACUCCUAACACUUCAUCACCAUCCCCAGCUGCAGAAGAUUGGACAAUUUUGGAUCAACCCCCCACUCAGAGGUCAUCAGGUGACCUUUCACCUCCAAUGAGGAACCAAGGGAAAAUCAUUUCAGCAUUUAAUAAACUGAAGGUUGUCAGACGGUCUAAAACUGUGGAUGAUCAAGCUAACCAACAAGGAGUGUGUUUUAGGUGUAAACAGCUUCAGAAUAAUAUAACUGCUCUGCACGAGGAACAACAAGGAACAGAGGAUGAGCUUCAGGCCAACAGAGAAAUCGUCCGCCUGCUCCAGAAGGAAGUGGACAGCCUCAGGAAGGAAAUACAGACAAGAUUUGAGGGGUUGAACCAAACUGAUGAAGGGCUUCAUCAAAUGCUGAAGGAGAGAGAUAAACAUAUUGUAGAACUGGAGUAUUGCUUGACCACUAUCAAUGAAGAAAAAGCCAUUGCUAGUCAGAAAGAGAGGAUAACAGAAGAGGAGAUGAAAUCUUUGAAGGACCAGGUGACCAUGCUUCAGCACAUGUUGCAGGCCAAGGACGAGGUCAUUGUUAAACUGACCAAUGAUAUGUUUGAGCUGGAGAAGAACAACAACGACCCCCACUCGACCCCCGCCCCAUCCAGCCCCACCAUCAGAAAGACGGUGGUGUUUGAUACAGAUACCAGAGAGCUGGACAAACUCAGAGAUAUGUGCCAAGCUUAUGAGUUACAGAACAAAUUCUUAACCAAAGAAAUUCUGGAGUUAAAUGAACUCAGACAGAGUGAUGAUGAAAGGCAUAAACACCUCUUGAUGGAAAAUGCAAAACUUGAAGGCAAAUUCUUACAGACCAAAAGUAAAUACCUCUAUCUGCUUCAAGAAAUGAAACAACCUGUCAUGGAUGGAGAAAGGAACUCGCAGGCAGUUAUUUCUCAGUUGUUGACAGAUGCCAUUCAGACAGAUGACGACUUAGAUGAUAAGAUGAAUGACAAAGAGUGUUUCCUUACUUCCAGUGGACAGGAGUAUGACAAGUAUGGCUUUAUAAGGAGAUUUGACUUUGAGAGUGGUGAGUUCGACCCUGUGACCUUGGAAGCUCAGAAACUGGAGAGAAAAUCGACAGAAGUCAGUGAUAAAAUCAAGAGACAGGAUGAGGAACUCUCGCACCAGGUGAAGUGGGAGAACUUUAUGAUGGCCCAGGCUGGCAAGCCCCUUGUACGCUCGCAAGAACUCAAACUCAUGGUUCGCUCAGGGGUUCCACAUGAGUACAAGGAGGCCAUUUGGAAAGGAUGUGCAAACUUUUAUGUUGGAUCAGUCAGGGACAAACUAGGACCUCAUUAUUAUAAACAAAAUGUGGCCAAAUUUCAGUCUCGAUUCCAUGAUCCAUCAGCAAAACAGAUAGAGCUAGAUUUGUUGAGAACUUUGCCCAAUAAUAGGUUUUAUGAGAAUAUAGAAUCCCCUGGGAUAAGCAAGCUGAGGAAUGUUCUCUUGGCCUACAGUUGGCAUAACACCUCAAUAGGAUACUGUCAGGGUAUGAACAGACUGGCAGCCAUUAUCUUGCUGUUUCUAAGUGAAGAGGAGGCAUUCUGGUGUUUGGUGGCAAUCAUUGAUUUCAUCAUGCCACAGGAUUACUACAGCAAGACUAUGUUGGCAGCUCAGGCAGAUCAGCGAGUGUUGAAGGACCUGAUUCAGGAGAAGCUCCCCCGGGUGGCCUCUCACCUGGAGCAGCAUUCAGUUGACCUUUCACUCUUCACCUUUAACUGGUUCCUGACUGUGUUCAUUGACAACAUUCCUAUUACCACAUUCCUUAGAAUCUGGGAUGCAUUCCUGUAUGAAGGGAGUAAAGUGCUGUUCCGAUUUGCUGUGGCAUUUUUCAAGUAUGUGGAAGAAGAUAUUCUGAAGAAGACAAGUACCCUGGAGCUGAAUCACUUCAUGAGGAUAAUGGGAGAAAAAAUCACAGAUGUCCAGAAAGUAGCACAGAUUGCAUUCCAUACAGUGAACCCUUUUCCAAUGAGAGGCAUUUCCAGUAAAAGACAGUUCUAUCUGACACAAGUUAGGGGAGAACUUGCAGAGCUGGACAGAAUCAGACAGGAUUUAAUGUCUUCUAAGCAUUCAACCACUGAUGUCAGGGACUAUAAUGCCAGUGAAGAUGAUCUGGACGAUUAGGAAAAUUAAAUAUACAAUAUAUA